AGACGCUGCGCGAGGAUCUGUUUCGAGCCUUACGUCUAGGCCAGAAUAGGAUCUGUUCUCUUACAGCGAGAGGUAUGCAGCAUAGCGCUACGGCAACAUUUAUGCAGCCAUGCUAUUCGCGCCCACACCAACAAACAUCGAUGGAGCCAAGGCGACCACAAAACUGGUAUUUUCUAGGAGUUGUCUACCUCAUCGGCUCGAGUUUGCCACUGGGAUGCACCGAAGCGGUUGUGUAUCGUAAAACACCAUCGAACUGGUUCACGUUCGGAAGUUGGCAUGUCAACUGAGGUGAUCAACACACAUCCGAAUGUGUCCAUUUUCUGAUUGGCUGUCAAGACAUCCUAUCGCACUUGCUUGAUAAUCUGCACCUUGCUCAAGGACGG